AUGCCUACCCUUUCCACUUUUCUUUCGGUAUCGCUGCCUGUGAUUCUGGCUGCUCUAAUUUACCAGCUAGGGCUGCCGGCUUUCAUCAGCGAAUACGUACCAUCCACGUUGCUUCCAAAUCUCUUCGUACCCACACACUGCUACAAGUCUGUCAGAACACUUUCGUCGGAGUUCCCGCAUGCCGAGUGCUUUACCAUCCACGACGGCAAAUUCUCCAGUGUCUUCGUAGACAAUGCAGCCCCUAAUACGGUCAAGGAAUCCCGCACAGGUUAUGUGUAUCCUGGUUUUUGGGAUGGACACGGUCACUUGAUCCAGUUUGGAGAAUCUCUAGAUUCAGUGAGCCUCUUUGGCGCCGAUUCAAUGGACGAGAUCAAGAGGAGACUGUUGGAGUAUAAGAACGUCCGUCCAGAAAAAGGAAAUAGUGAACAGUGGCUACGUGGCGUCGGUUGGGACCAAGCUCAUUUUGAAGGGAGGUGGCCGACUGCAGCAGAUUUGGAGAUAGACGAGAGGUUUAAGGAUCUUUAUGUUAUGCUUGAUCGUGUUGAUGUUCAUUGUAUCUGGGUAUCUGAAAAGGUGCUUGACCUUCUUCCGUCGUUCAGUAUACCUCCCGGCGGCGAAGUGCCGGCAAAGGGUGUCUUCUGCGACAAUGCCAUGGACAUCGUCCUGGAGUAUUACCCAAAGCCGACCAAAGCGCGCAAAACCGAGUUCAUUAAGACUGCGAUGGCAGAGUUGAACAAACAUGGAAUUGUUGGGAUGCACGAUGCCGGCGUAGUGCCGGCAGAUCUGGAGCUAUACGAAGAGCUCGCGAACGACCCGGACUGGACUGUGAGAGUUAAUGCGAUGAUCGAAUGCGAUGUCCGAAACACGUUUUGUCCCGAGGCGGUCAGAAAAGUUUCGACUCCAAAUGGCCGAUUUCACGUGAAGAGCGUCAAGCUUUUCGGAGAUGGGGCUUUGGGCUCCUGGGGCUCAGCUAUGAUUGAGCCGUACAGCGACAAACCGGAGUCCUCCGGCUCUUUACUUGUCAACGCGACUACGCUGUCACGUGUGACAUAUGAUUGGGCCGUGAAGGCAGGGUACCAAGUUAAUAUUCAUGCUAUUGGGGAUCUUGCAAACAGGCUUGCGGUUGACGCGUUUGAAGCGGCGUUGAAACGCUUGUGCCCCCACGCUAACCUCCGCGACUGUCAAGCUAAACGUCGUUUCCGCAUCGAGCACGCCCAAAUCAUCCACCCAGAUGACCAGCGCAGGAUGUCAGAACUUGGUAUCAUUGCGUCAAUACAGCCCACGCACGCGACCUCGGACAUGGGUUAUGCGGAGAGCAGGCUUGGCCAGCAACGAACAAAAUAUGAGGCGUACCGAAUGCGGUCGCUCUUACCACUUCGUCCAGUCCUCGGUAGCGACUUCCCAGUCGAACCCGCGAGUAUCUUCGAGGGAAUGUAUGCGGCAAUCACGCGACGAAGUCCACGUACAGGACUGGACCCUAGCGGUGGCAAGGCUGGCUGGUAUCCCGAAGAGAGCCUCACUUUCGAACAAGCUUUAGAGGGUUUUACGGUAAACGCUGCAUACGGUGCCUUCUUAGAAGGCAAAGCUGGUGUCAUCGAAGCGGGGGCGUAUGCUGACUGGGUUGUUCUCGACAAACAACUUGAAUCGCUGGACCCAGAAGCAUUGAGGAAGGUGACAGUGAAAGAAACAAACAACAAAAAACACGUAUACUCGUACCUCAUCAUGACGACCAUCGAACGCAAGCCCACUGCGGAACUAUCCAAACCUACUACCCCUGUCGGGUCCCUUACCGUCACACCCCCAAUCACACCGAAUGCGACAAGUACCGCGGCGCAUCAGCUAGUUUCCGAGAUCAGGGACAUAUACACGGUACUCAACGAACUAUCGUCAUUAGCGCCGUCGGAGCAAGUCAACUCUCUCCUCACACGACUCGUAAACCUCUGCGUCGUACCUUACAGCGCAGAAUUUACAUCGUAUUUUUUCCGCAUACCUGCCGUAGAGAGCCUUUGCUCCAAUUUGCGACCGCUAUGUUCAGAAGCCGAGGGAGAGUUGGAGAAGUUCUGGGCAAAGCGCAUGCUCAACGACAUCAGCGGUACAACCACAACACCUGAGGACAUUCUGACAACUUUCCCUUACCACCAAAAUUACGUCGAUCUCUCCCGCUUGGAAUGUUCUACCAUAGAAGCGUUCCUCCCCAGCCCACCGUCCAAAAUCGCUUUCAUCGGCUCCGGUCCAUUACCUCUGACCUCCCUCUGUUUCCUGGACCGCCAUCCUAACGCGCAAGUGCAUAACGUGGAUCGCGAUGCCUCCGCGCUUCAAGUCAGCGAAUCGUUAUGUAAGCGGUUAGGCUAUGGCAAGCGCAUGAGUUUCGCUUGUGAAGACAUUACCGAGGUUUCGUCAAACUCCGAAUGGCAAUCGUGCCAGGUCGUCUUCCUUGCUGCGCUGGUUGGUACAGAUACGUACACGAAGCUCAACAUACUCAGAAGCAUGGUUAAGAAGCUGGUCCCAGGUACAUUGGUGGUGGCGAGGAGCGCGCAGGGGAUGCGAAGUGUGUUGUAUCCGAUACUGGAACUGUCAGAAGAACUCCAAUCCAUCGGUCUCGAGAUUCUUGCCGAAGUACAUCCGUGGACUAAAGUCGUUAAUUCGGUCAUCGUUCUACGCGUGAAAUGA